CAAUUGUUCUGUGAAAAUUGGAUGCAACAAUUUAUACAAAAUUGUCUCAAUAACGAAAAAUGGAUCAAGCAGCUAUAAUUUCAUCGGCUGAGGAACAGUUGAAAAAUUUCGGUUCAUUCCUUGACAUACAUGAUAAGAAAUUGCAACAAUUAUCGCAAAAAACUACAAAAGUGCCGUCAGCUCGUCCACCACCCACACUUAAGAUUUUGACCACACCUCUUGUGGAAGUAAACUAUUCUGCUAAUCAGGAGCAACUUUCAUUGCUUCGACUACUCGAAUCUGAUCGUUUGUUAAAUAAAACGCUGCUUACAUUCGCUCAUCUUUGCGCCGAGGUGGAUACCUUAACACGCAGAGCCGAACAUAUGCAAAUCAAGUUUCUAUAUAUUGAUGAAAAUUUGUGUGCACUUUUAGCCGAUGAGGAUGGCAAUGGCGGUCCAGAUGCCGCAAGACAAACCAAUGAAAUUUUACUUCAAAUGAGUGAAUCUAUGCAAUUCGUUUGUGAUAUACAAUUCUUAUUACAACGUUGCAUUGUGUUGGACAAUAAUUUGCUCCACCAAUGUGGGGCCUACUGUGCACUGGAAGAUAACAAAAAUUUGGAAUUUCGCUUUGUGGAUGUGUUCGAUUGCCUUGCAGAUUUGCUUUUGCAAAUUCUCAUUUUUAAUGAAAUUUUGGCUGGCUCCAAUUUUUGCCGUUUCUGGCCGACUUACAAGAAAACCGUAGAAGCAUUAGCGCAAAAUGGACAACACCAGGAGUUCUGCACAGCCAGCGAACUGAUUGGUUUAAGAAAUUGCUUAGAGGAAUUCGAUUUUCUUUUUUCAGGCACUAUCUUCCAAAGUUUCCUCGAUAGUACUUUUGCGUUAAAGGAUAAAAUUGGUCCGAAGGGUAUUGGGCAACUUACAAACCAAUGCAAUGAAUAUAUGAAACAGUGUUUGUUAGCUAUAAAUAAGUGCGAAGUAAAUGAGUUCAGCGAUCAUAAACUUCUUGUGCGCCUGAAUGCAUUCUGUGUAGUUUUUCAUGAUUUCUGCGGACAAGUUGAGACCAAACAUGUGAAACAUCUUCUAGAGCUCAAUCAAAAAUAUCAAGGUAUUAUACUAAUAGGUAAUGUAGCUUGGCAGCCAACACCGUUCCUGCGUCGUCAUGCCACCUCACUGGUAAAACCACAUGAACGCCUUUUGGGAGAUGGCAAACGUUUGCAGCAACAUUAUUUACAAACACGAGUGCAGACUUUACCGCGUGAUUGCCGCAACUACUGUUCGCAAGUACUGCUUUUGACGCUAAACAUACGUAAAGCAUUAAGCAUAGGACCAUUCGACCUCACCGUGCAACAGUUCAAAGAACUUUCAGCUUUACUAUUACUUGGUCUGCGUUUUGCAUCGCAAAUAAGUUGUUUAAUCAAAGGUUUAGUAAAUGCACAUGUGAUACUACAAUCACCAAUGACCAAAAUAACAUUGCAAAGCAUCUGUAAACUAAUUGAAUUGCUAAAGAAUAUACAACAGUUGUUCCAAGAGUACAUGGACGUCAUUGCAAAGGUGAUGCAAUGUGUUUUGCAAUACUUACAGUAUAAAGUAUUGCACCUGCUGAACCUGUGCAAGAAACGCAUUACCGCUGCUAAAAUGCAUGAUCGCAAUGUCGACGCUUUAGCGUCAUUGCGCAUCGCUGAGAAGUGCAUGACGGGUCCCCCAACGAAAACCCGUACUUUACUCACAAAACUGGCGGUAAAUGCAACAAAUCUCAACAAUCGCACAUUACCGCAAGAUCAGUGCGAGCGUUUUCAAUUGCUUAUGUCGCGUAUAACAAUUCUAGCUGAUUUCCAUUCGAACAUGAAUGAGCUCUGUGACACAACAUUCAUAUAUUGGCAUCAGUCAGUGCUUUCAGCAUACUUGAAGCAGGUCGUCGAGCGAAAGUUGGACUUUAAUUCAUUUCAGUAUAUUCUACAUGCUUUCAACGAUUGUGACAAGGCUUUUGAGGUAUUGGACUUGAAGGAGCUUAAAUUAUCUAAAUGUUUAGAACGCGUGACUUAUGAUAAUUUACGCAGCGAAAUUGUGAGCAAGUUGUGUGCACAAAUCGAAACAUUUUUGCGUUUGGAAGUGCAUUCCAAUUUACAGCUGGAAAAAAUGAGUCCAUUUGAGCAUGGCAUUGAUGACUACCGCGACUUGAUUAACGCCUGUCCUAUUAAAUUGAAUGGAAAUUAUGUGAUUUUGAAAGAUCACGUCGAGAAUUAUUUAAGCGCCAUGUUUUAUAAUCUUACCACCAUAUCAUUGCAAGACUGGAAGACCUACGAGGAGAUGCGUCAUCUGGCUAACACGCGUUUAAUGCUAAAACCAGUAGAGGAUUAUUUGCCUAAUCAAACUUUGGAACAGGGCAUCGAUAUUUUAGAAAUAAUGCGCAAAAUCCAUAUAUUCGUCUCGAAGUACGUUUAUAACAUGAAUACACAAAUAUUCGUUGAACAAAGGAGCGCCAAUAAGCAUUUAGAUUCGAUUGGCAUACGGCAUGUAGCCAAUUCGUUACGCACACACGGCACCGGUGUCAUAAAUACUACCGUCAAUUUUACAUAUCAAUUUUUGCGUCAAAAAUUUUACACCUUCUCACAAUUCCUUUACGAUGAACAAAUUAAAUCACGACUGAUGAAAGAGCUACGCGCAUAUGCCGAACGAAAACAGACAAAAAGUUAUCCGGUAUACGCGUACGAGCGCGCCGACGCUUUCAAUAAGGAUAUACGCAAACUGGGACUCUCCAAUGAUGGACAAACGUAUAUGGAUCUCUUCAGAAAGGUCAUAACGCAUGUGGGCAACGCUAUGGGUUAUAUACGCCUGGUGCGCUCCGGUAGCAUACAUGCGAACUAUAGCGCCAGCCUCUAUUUACCCAAAUUCGAUGAGAAUUUGCAAUUUGCCACUGCUUGCAGUGAGCAGGAACUGGACCCCGUUACCGUGAAGGCAGCGGAAAAUUUCGAAGUGAAUAUUAGUAAUUUGGUGAAGAGCUUCUCAGAUAGUACGGACUAUUUCAAAUUACUUGUUGAAGCAUUCCAACCGUUCUUUCGUAAUCCGCAUAAUCUGCAUUUGAAAAACUUCUUUCUCAUUGUGCCGGCUCUGUCACUCAAUUAUGUAGAGUAUAUGCUGCGUGUUAAAGAGAAGAUCAAUAAAAAGGAUCGUCAGGAGGCGUUGCUCUUCGAUGAUGGUUUCGCUGUCGGUUUAGCAUACAUAUUAAAGUUAUUAAAUCAAAUUGAUGAUUUCUAUGCUUUACACUGGUUCGCAACGGUGCGUGAACGCUUCAAUGCAGAGCGCCUUAAGAUACAGCAAAUGUUGCUGGACAUAAAAAAGUCGACGAAUACACGCGCUGGCGCAAAAGGCAACUCCAAAGCUGCAUUAGCAAUGCAAAAUAGCGAAACGGAAAAGCUGCAACAAACGCUGGCGUUAACCGAACGCCGCAUUAAUGCACAUCAAAUGGAGUACAAUUUGCUCUAUUGCAAUUUGUGCAGCGCCAAAAUAUUUUUCCAAUAAUUAAAGUGAUACAAGUAUUCAUAUGUUGUAAGUGAUUUAGUUUUUUAAUUUAAUGCAUACACAUAUUAUAUUUUUACACUUCAUAUAGUUGAUACCAUAAAAAAUUAUAGCAUAAUCAUACUAUACAUUUUUAUGAAUAAAAAAUAUUUGAUAUUACUAAAUAUCUGUUUUGUUGUGAACUUACAGUAUUUACUGUACAUUUAAAUACUUUCAGAACAUAUAAAAGUAGACAUACAUAUAUGUAUAGGUGUGUAUAUUUUCCAUUAACUAAGGCACAGUAGACAUUGUUUUUACUUCAAUAAAGCUGAAAUGCGAGCAAAUAGAAUGCAUGUGUGGUAAGCUAGCGUAGGAUUUAGUAAAAUUGUAUUAACUUUAAUUUUAUUUUGUACAUUUGUGAUUGUGCGGAGAAUUCCGAAAUUUUGAAAAAAUUAUUAUUUUUAAUUUUUGGUAUAUUUCCAUAAUCUAACCUGUAAAAAUGCCAUAUAAAAAUUUUAAAUUAAUAUUUGAAAUAUUUUUUGUGCUACAAGCUUCAAUCGGCUCCAUCGGCAUCUACAGCAUUUUUCGAAUUCUCUGCAUAUAUUACUUGAAGACAAAUAUUCCUAACACUGCAUGUUCUGCAGUUUCUGUAUGAAAUAAAUAUUAAAUUUUAUUAUAUUAAAUUUGUAUUUUUUUAUGAAAAA